UCAUAGUUUCGUAAAUACAGGACGAGGAGAGAGAGAGAAGAGUCGAAAGAAGGCAAGAGAGGAACAAAAAUGUCAUUGGUAGACUACGCUUCGUCGGACGACGACGAGACGGCGGCGGCGGCGGAGGAGGAGGAGGAGCAGCAGCAGAAUCGGAAGAAACCGGAAGACCACACAACCAAGGAGCCUCAAUUCCCCAACCAAGAGCCGAGGUCUCAAUCUCACCCCGUCAACCAGCCCAUUCUUAAGCCAAAACAGCCAUCUGAAACUAACGAGGAUUCUUCUGUGCCUUCGGUUGAGCUUCCUGAUGCUUCUCUACUAUUGAAUUCUCCUACUUCUUCCAGUCUUCUUAGUGGUAGCGAUCACUCUUCUCGAGUGGCAGCAGCCAUGGCUGCCAAUGCAUCUCGUAAGAGAGAAACAAAUGUUUUGGGAUCUUCUCUUCCCCGGAGUAAAGUUCCACGAUCGAAUUUGCCUCACUCAAAGAAUGUUCCAGAGACUGUAGGGCGUUUGUUGGUUCCACCUCAGCUUACUGGAAGGAGUAACAUUGUCACUGAAGAUAUAAGCAAGUUGUUUGUGAAAAAGUCGGCCAAGCCCUCAUAGAGGAUUUCUUUCUAGAGUUGUGUUGGUUGUUGCAGCUUUCAUUAAUUAAUAGUUUGUAGAAGUUUCAGGUUGGUCUAAUGCACAUUGUAGAAUGUGAAGAAUAGUGCACUCAUAUUUACUACUCAAAACAAGGGGGGGAAAUGGACCAAGUUCAGAUGCUUCUCUUCUAUCUAUCGUUUCAUCUGUGGUACGUGAAUUUUUCCCCCCUCGAAAAACUAAUGGGGCAUAGUUUUGUUCUGAAUCUUUUUCCCUUGUUCUUGUUUAAUUUAGGUUAAGAUAUCAUUUU